AUGAGUGAGACAAUCGAAAAUGCUGCCCAAGAAGUCGCGGAAAUCGCGGAAAAUCCAACAGAAGCCAAAGAAGAACCAGGAAUCGAUUUGGAUCGAGUUCAUAUUCAAAAUAUUCCCUCUUUUAUUGGUUUUAAGCAGUUCAAGAAGGUUUUGGAGAAAAUUCUCGGCGACGUCAAAUCCAAAAAGGUCCGUCACAUGUCGGACUACGCCUACAUCACCUUCGACACUCCAGAAGACGCUCAGAAGGCCAUCCAACUGCUCAACGGCUACGAAUACAAAAAUUCCGUGCUCGCCGCCCAUCUAGCGACGACAGAAGUCAAAAAUCUUCGAGCACCAACGAAAAAUAACACUGAGCCAGCUGUACAGAAGACAGCCAGAGAAUCUGUGACGCCGUUGGCGGAGAUGGAGUAUGAGAAGCAGUUGGAGUUGAAGCAACAGAACAGUGUCAAAGUAAUGAACAAGCUCCACGAGCAACUUCAACGGAAUAAAGUGGAGAAAAUCGGAAAACAGACUGAAUUCCGUAAACGCCUCCAACAAAUCCUCCCAUCCCCAAAAACCACAGGCUACCGAAAUAAAUGCGAAUUCACCAUCGGCCACGAUCUGAACACAGACAUUUGCAUCGGCUUCGUCGGCGGUCGUUUCGCUGAAAAUCGUCAUUUUGUGAUUCCUCCGCUCAACGUGGAUAUCGUUAGUCCCCAGAUGAUGUCAAUUGUCGGGGACGCGCAUGAAUUUGUGAAGGAAACGGAGUUGGCGCCGUUUGACGAAUUCGAGCGGAAAGGAUUCUGGAGACUGCUGACGGUGAGAGAAUUCGGUGGAGACGUCAUGCUGAUUUUCACCGUUUUCCCAUUGGAUAGUGCUGAAAAGACCGAGGAGGUUCAGAAGAAGAUUGCUAAGAGAUUUAUGGAUUUUGAAACCUUCACCUCGAAAAAGUACCGCGUGUGCAGUAUCUACUGGCAAGAGAUGGUUCAUAUCAGCGAUACGCCAAACUUCAAACUCAUCGCCGGCACCCCAUACAUCUACGAAUCGCUUCUAGACUGCCGAUUCCGUGUUUCGCCGCCAGCAUUCUUCCAAACCAACUCUCAAGGCGCAUCUGUGUUGUACUCGACAAUUGGAGAGCUGUGUGGGCUGGCUGAGAAGGUUUCUGAAGUCGUGACGGCUUCAGCUGAAGCACCAAAGGACACUGAAGGCGUUGUUGAGAAGAUGGAGGUGACUUCCGAGACUCCAGCUGAAGCUCCAGCUCCAGUUGAUGACAGCGAUGCUCCGCCCACAAAGAUGGCGAGAAUCGACCCAGAAGUUGCCGCAGAAGCCCCAACCACAACGCCUUCGAAGACGUCGACGUCUCCAGAAGACCCCGGAACGAUCCUCCUCGACAUCUGCUGUGGAACAGGAACCAUCGGACAAUGCCUCCUCAAAAACAUUGAAAACACCCAAAAAGUGUUCUGCGUCGGCAUCGAAAUGAUCACGGAAGCCGUGGAGGACGCCAAACAAAACGCGAAACAGAACAAAAUGGAAAAGUGCUGUAAAUAUAUUGCUGGAAAGGCCGAGGACACAUUCCGUUCGAUGAAGUAUCAAUUGCCGGCAGGAUUCGAUUUGAGGACGUCGAGGGUGGUGGGAGUACUGGAUCCGCCGAGGGCUGGCAUGCAUGAGAAAGUCAUUUUGGCGUGUAGAGAGAUGUCCACAAUGCGUCGACUGAUCUUCGUCUCGUGCGAACCCAACGCCGCCAUCAACAACAUUGUGAAUCUGUGCCGUCCGGAAUCCCGAAAAUACUCGGGCGACGCAUUCUCGGUGACACGUGUCCAGCCAGUCGACAUGUUCCCACAAACCAAUCAUAUGGAAUGGAUUAUUCAGUUGGAUCGUUGA